GGCCAAGAUGGGCUCGUCGCUGUUCGACCACUGCUCGAACAUCUGGACGUUGCUGACGCUGUUCUGCCUGUGCUAUUUCCUGGAGACGAUUACCUUCACGUACUUGAUCAGCGCCGUGCAGAGCAUCGAGCGCCAGUUCCAGAUCCCAAGCCGCAUGUCCGGCGGUCUGGUGGCGUCCAGCGACAUCGGCUACACGCUGACCGUCGUGGUGCUCGCCUAUUUCGGCAGCCGCAGCAACCGCGCUCGCUGGAUCGGCGGCGGUUGCCUGGUGAUUUCGUUCGCCUGCUUCCUCAUUGCCUUACCAAACUUCGUUUACCGUAGCCAGGGGCCAUGCGUCAACAACUCGGACUGGCAAACGGUCGACCUGGUCAGCUACAACGAGAUCAACACGCCGACCAAACUCGUCAACCAUCCGCUUCUUGGCUGCUCGCUGAGGCGCUGCUGGAACAUCGUCGACGGCGCUUCGGUUGCCUCCUUGACAAACGGCUUGGUGAAGGCUUCGUGCGGCCAUGAGGAGGUAAGGUCUUCUCCUUCCGCUGUUCAUCGUGGCCGCUUUUCCACGUCAGUUAUUUGUUUCGACUAUGGCCAUGAAGUGUGUGAUCAAAAGCUAAAGUCUCUUCGAGCUCAUUUCCCGUUGAACGAGUCCGUAACCUUCAACGAAGCUUCUAUCGGUGCGCUGCUGAGCUACUUCAACAACGAGCUGGACUGGGAAGUGAAGCGGCUGUGGCUUCGAAACGUGAAGACAACCGCCCAGCAACCGUUCGCCCUCUGCAACCGCCUGGUCAACGAUUUGAAGCAGGCGACAGAACAGAGCAGGUGCGAACAGAAGUCCACGAACUCCGGCGCCUUCACAAUGAUGGCUAUGGGCAUGAUUCUGUACGGCGUUGGCCACAGCAUGCCGUGGACGCUCGGCGUGCCUCUGAUAGACGACAACGUCAAAAAGCAAAGUACUCCAUUGUACUUUGCAUUUAUAUUUUUCAUACGAAUACUGGGACCUGUGCUUGGAUUCGUGAUCGGCGCCGGUUGCAAUAAGUUGUACUACGACCUGAAAAACGAACUGAACCUCGUGCACACGGAUCCGAGUUGGAUUGGUGCCUGGUGGCUUGGAUUCUUACUGAUUUCGGCAUGUCUUUUUCCUCCAGCCGUUUUGCUGCUCUUCUUCCCUGAUUUGAACAUACAGAAGAAUCGAAAGCCGCCACGAUCGACAAGCAUCACGGAAAAGACAGACUAUCAGGAACAAGCAACGUUGGUUAACAACGGCAUGGGUAUCAACAAAGAUACAGUCUACAAGGACUGCGUCUCGCCCAAUGCAAAACUAAAGCAGAGCGCCAAAGAAACCUUAAGAGAAAUCAUCUUAUGUCUUGAAUUGAUUUUAGACUUCCUGCUUGCAAUCAAGGAGGUGUUCAGAAGUCCCGUCUACACAGUGUGUCUGAUCGGAAGGUUAUUCGACGCGUUCGCUUUUAAAGGCUUUUUCGUGUUCCAGCCAAAGUAUCUUGAAAAUCACUAUGGUAUGCCACAGUAUCAAGGAAACAUGCUGCUUGGUGUGGUAGGCAUCCUUGGCUUCGCGAUAGGCGUAAUCAUGGGCAGCAUCAUUUUGCGGCGCUAUCGAUUGAAUGGAAGAGCCGCAGCUCUAUUCGUGGCAGCGUGUACAGCGACGUCCAGCCUGCUUGCGUUCAGUAAAAUUUUGUUGGCUUGCCAGUCCACAGUAAACCAGCUUGGAGCCAAUGUCAGUGGAGGCCACUUGAACUUCACCAGCUCCUGUAUUCUGAACUGUCAUUGCGACGAGGCAUCGCUUUUCCCAGUUUGUAGCCUUUCCGGCCGAGCUUACUAUUCGCCUUGCCACGCCGGAUGCAGCGACUACGAACGAACCGAGGCUCUGCUCAACUUUACCGACUGCAGGUGCGUUGACGUCGGGACAACGGUGAGCCGCAGCUUAUGCCGUGACGACUGUUACAUUCCUUUGAUAUUCUACUUCGUGCUCAUCACGAUUAGUGGCAUCAUCGGAGGUUGUGGGGUGAUUCCCGGCGUGCUGAUUUUAUUGAGGUAAAG